AUGCACCCCUGCUUCCCUUGCUUCCAGCUAGCCCACCCGUCGCCCGUCGUUACUCUCCAGCCAGCAAUCGACUCUGCCCCACUUUCAGCCAGAGUCCGUCGUCGCCUCCCACCCGAGCCACCACCCUUGCCAGGAGACAACGCUGCCAGUGUCCCACUCCGCCGCAGCCCUGCUCCUCUUCUCUACCGCCGCUAUAGGGCAACUCCUUCUCCACCGCCGCCAUUGCAUCCCGGCCACUCGAUCACUGCUGCUCACCUCACAACCGCAACCCUAGCCGUGCCCCCCCCCCCCUUGGGUCACAGCCACAGCCGCCGGCAGCCACUCGUUGUAACGGUUGCAGAAACAGAGUUCCUCUGUUGCCGCAGCCCCUCGUCGAUCGCAGCCGCACCUCCACUAACAGCGCCACCUCCAGCACUCCUCUUCCCCUCCAGCGCCGUCGCCGCCUAG